AUGCCUUCGGAAAAUGCGUCAAAUCUCACCCAAGAGGAAGUAGAAGAAGGACUGCAACUCAGAGUUGCUGAAGCUCAAACAUGGCCUGCCAAGCUCCCAUUUGAUGGUCUUGUUGAUUAUGACGGUGAAUCCGCUGACUUGUUCGCAUUUGUGACGAAUGAUAUUGAAACAAGAAAAGCAAGAUUCGAUUCAAAACAAUGGCCACCUACAAAACAAGGCCUCAAAGAUUUGCUUCACCAUUUGAAACUAAUUGGCCUAAAGCAUGGAAGUGAAUUUACCUAUGAUGCCUCAAAAGGAUGGUUGACCUGUUAUAGAUCAAAGCCAUACAAAGGGACAAAACUACAGGACUUGGAGCAAUUCAAUGAAAAAGGAGUCCUUCUCCAAUACCGGCACAAGUCCUACCAUCACAAUCGUUUGAGAAAUUGUCCAGAUGGCCAAACCUGUCCCCGAGCUACGCACACUUCAAAGGACAUUACAGGAGACAAGUUGUGCUCCUGCAGACUAAGACUACGUAUUCAUAGCAGUAAAAAGGCAGGUGAUCAAUCCUAUAUCUACAUCUCUUGUAAAGGAGACACCCUCCACAAAUACCAUGCCAAACCUGCAGCCGAGUUACCAAUAAAAGCACACAACCUCACUGCAGAAGCUCGACAAAUAGUCUGUGCCCAACAGAAGGCAGCAGUUACAGAAUACAUUGCAGCCAAAGCUGCCAAUGGAGCAAACUCGUCUGCCGCAGACUUUAUACAGUGGUUGCAAACCCAGGCGGGGAAUCCAGAGGUCAAUCUGCACUAUACCGUCCUAUCCUAUGAGAUGACACCAACAAAUGGAGACCUAGUUCAGGGCACUAUCAGUAACCCAAAGGGCAGAAGGUCUAAGACAAAUCCACUGCCAAAUACUAAGACUGUGAUGAGAAACCUGACGUAUUCAAACACCAUACGAAGUCCAGUGCCUGGAGACAAUCCUGUUGCUACUAGCCACAACCCAUCUAUUUCAGCGGACCCAAUUACCCAGAGGGAGGACUUGCAUUCUAUUGUGCAACCUACCAAUGUUGCAAACUUAAGUGUGGACAAACUGGUUGAAGGGAAUUCCAUGGUUUCAAGGGAUAGAAACAGAUCCCUUUUCAUUUUGGCACAGCAACAUAAGCAACGAGCCAAAGUACUAUCCCACUUCAGCCAAUCGAGACCCAAUGAAAAGGCAACACCUACGAAGGACAAGAUGAGAAAACCUACUCCUCUCCAAAUUGUAAGUCCACCCCCAAUGGGUCCUGGGGGUCUAGCCGCAAUGCGACAAGCAGUUCAUGCUGCCGCAGCUCCAAUGAUAAAGCAACAGUUGUGCCGUUUCACGUCCACAUUGACUGUUACGGACCAAUUGACACGCACUGAGUUCAUUCACAACCAGCGGGAGGCCAUAGAAGCAAAAGCUAUCAAAGCAGUGUGCUCUAAGUUUGUGAGAGCCAAAGCAAUGCCUGGUGGUACAUCAGUAUGGUAUUCCCUGUAG